GGGGGGAGGGGGGCGCUGACCCGGAUGUUCACUCCUGGGCACCCGGGGAAGUGGAAGCGCUGGGCCCUGCUGCGGGGGGGAGAGCCACCGACGCCGGGACCGGGACCGCCGCCGCCGCCGCCACCAUGAGUGAUCAGCAGCUGGAUUGUGCCUUGGACCUAAUGAGGCGCCUGCCUCCACAGCAAAUCGAGAAAAACCUCAGUGACCUGAUUGACCUGGUCCCCAGUCUGUGUGAAGAUCUCCUGUCUUCUGUUGACCAGCCACUGAAAAUUGCCAGAGACAAGGUGGUGGGCAAGGAUUACCUGUUGUGUGACUACAACAGAGAUGGGGACUCGUAUAGGUCACCGUGGAGUAACAAGUAUGACCCUCCUCUGGAAGAUGGAGCGAUGCCAUCUGCUCGGCUGAGAAAACUGGAGGUGGAAGCCAACAAUGCCUUUGACCAGUACCGAGACCUGUAUUUUGAAGGUGGCGUCUCAUCUGUCUACCUCUGGGAUCUGGAUCAUGGCUUUGCUGGAGUAAUUCUCAUAAAGAAGGCUGGAGACGGAUCAAAGAAGAUCAAAGGCUGCUGGGACUCCAUCCAUGUGGUGGAGGUGCAGGAGAAGUCCAGUGGCCGCACUGCCCAUUACAAAUUGACCUCCACGGUGAUGCUGUGGCUGCAAACCAACAAAUCCGGCUCGGGCACCAUGAACCUCGGAGGCAGCCUUACCAGACAGAUGGAGAAAGAUGAAACUGUAAGCGACUGCUCCCCACACAUAGCCAAUAUCGGGCGCCUGGUAGAGGACAUGGAAAAUAAAAUCAGAAGUACACUGAAUGAGAUCUACUUUGGGAAAACAAAGGAUAUUGUCAACGGGCUGAGGUCUGUGCAGACAUUUGCAGACAAAUCAAAACAAGAAGCGCUGAAGAACGACCUGGUGGAGGCUUUGAAGAGAAAGCAGCAAUGCUAAACCUCUGCUUCACGCUAAUCGGACACGCCAUGCACUCAUUAGAUUCCUUUCUUAGAAAACUCGUUUUCUGCUCCCUUCUUCCUCCCUCCCCUCCCCUUCCCCUCCCCCCCCUCCUCCCAGACAGGUCACAUAACAACUGCAUCGUCCGCCGCACAGCGCCAUCCCUCCCCACAAUAAACCCCAUGACCCCUCCUCCGGCUCCGCGCCUGCUUCCCACCACGUUUUGCUACCGAAACUCAAUGUCCCCAUAAAAGCCCGUGUGUGUGUGUGUGUGUGUGUGUGUGUGUGUGUGUGUGCAUGCGUGCGUGCGUGUGUGUGCGCCUGGGUCCCCCCCCAUUUACAGGCAUAAUACACCAUCACCCUCCCUCCCA